UUAAUUUGCCAUGCUUUAUUUUCAGCUUGUCAUUAUGGCUGGCACUGUUCUGCUUGCAUACUACUUUGAGUGUACGGAUACCUUUCAAGUGCACGUUCAAGGCUUCUUCUGCCAAGAUGGAAAUCUAAUGAAACCAUACCCAGGGACUGAAGAUGAAAGUUUCAUUUCCCCUCUGGUGCUGUACUGUGUGCUGGCUGCAACACCAACAGCUAUUAUUUUUAUUGGUGAGAUCGCAACUUAUUUCAUUAAAGUCUACAAGAGAUAAACUGAUAGUUCAAGAAAAAAUGAUUCUGACUGGAGAGUGCUGUUACUUAAAUCCAUUAAUCAGGCGAAUCAUAAGAUUUAUAGGGGUUUUUGCAUUCGGCUUAUUUGCAACGGACAUUUUUGUAAAUGCUGGUCAAGUGGUAACGGGCAAUCUCACUCCAUAUUUCCUGACUGUCUGUAAACCGAACUAUACUGGACCAGACUGUCUUGCUCAUCAUCAGUUUAUGAGCAAUGGAAACAUCUGUACUGGAGAGCCAGAAAUGAUAGACAAGGCCAGGAGGUCAUUUCCUUCUAAACAUGCUGCUCUGAGUAUCUACUCUGCGUUAUAUACCACGAUGUAUAUCACGAGCACAAUUAAGACAAAGAGCAGCAGACUAGCAAAACCUGUCCUUUGCCUUGGAACUCUGUGUUCUGCCUUCCUCACCGGACUUAACCGUGUGUCAGAAUACAGGAACCACUGCGUUGAUGUUAUUGGUGGCUUCAUUUUGGGGACAGCUGUGGCUUUGUUUUUGGGCUUGUGUGUUGUCCAUAACUUUAAAGGAACACAUGGAUUUCCCUCUAAACCGAAGCCUGAAGACACAAGGGGGAUGCCUCUAAUGGCUUUCCCCAGAGUGGAAAGUCCUCUGGAGACUUUGAGUGCUCAGAAUCACUCUUCAUCGAUGACUGAAGUCACUUGA